UCUAAUUAGUAGGUUAGGAAUUCUAUAAUACCCUAAAUGUAAUAAUUUAAAGGGUGAGAAAAAAAAUUAUUUUUUCUUCAAAAAUCAACAAAGGGUAAAGAGGAUACCUUGGAGGUGAACCGGCACGUUUUCGAACCGCCCUUGACAUCUUAUCGGGCUAUUAUUCGCGACCUUGAUAAAGAAACUCUGAGUUGGAAUCAUCGGAAGCUUGAGCAUACUUGUGACUUGCUCACUGAUGACCUUGGGAGUUAAGCUGCUAUCAACGAGGACGACGACGCAGUGGUUGCAGAUAGUUGCCUCUAUCCGCAUUGUCUUGGCCGCUGACCAGCCAGUGAGUGCAUGAAAGGAAAUCUCGGGUUCUCCCGCAUUUGACCCGUCGUCUCCUUCCUCUUUGGCCCCAUCAAAGAGCAGGAGCUGCGGCCAACAACAUCAGUGGCCGGCGGUGAAUUUUUCAUUGCAUCUGAAGCAGAGGCCGAGCGAUCGACGCCUCUGCAUUUCUUCCCAUGAUAGGUGUCGUGGGGUAGCUUCAGUAUUCUGGGUUGGGGGGCGAUCGAGUUGCGUCCGACUUCGAUGAAUCUUCCCCGCCGGCCCAGUUGCUCUUCCCUCAUGCGGGCCAAGGUGAUGACCUCUUUCAAGGAUUUGGGCCGAAACAUCUUGAUGCCUUAUGCGAUCUCGGGCUUAAGCCUGCCGAUAAAGGUGCCCAUUAGAACCUUUUGGGUCCAGCUCUGAACCUUAUUCCCCAACCUUUCAAAUUCUUUUUGAUAUUCCCUCAGGGUCUGAUCUGCUUUACCCUAGAUAAAACCUCAUCAAAGUCUUUACAAUCAGUUGACCCAAAGCAAGCCCAUAUUUCUUCUUCAAACCCCGCCCACGCCACCAUUUUCCCUUCUUCUCUAUAAGUCCGAUGAAGCUAUUGCCACCACUGGCUGGCUUCACCCUCUAGGUGGAAAGAAGCUAGUUGCACCUUCAGCUCGGGAAUGCCUUGGUAGCCGAAGAAUUGCUCGGUGCGACUAAGCCCUUCGGUUGGGUUGUCAUCAGCAAAUAUGGGGAACUCAAGCUUUGCGAGCUUCAAGAAAAAGGGCUAAUGGCCCCCGUCGUCUCUUUUGGUGCCAUCGUCACGGAGUGGUUGCGUCAGUCCAGGCCGACUUGAGUGUUGCUGUUGGACCCUUCGCGGUUUGUCAACAGAGUAUCCAUCAACCGCUUGAGGGUAUCCUCCAUUUGGUGAAGCUUAUCGACAACUCUCAACUCCAUUCGGCUAAAGCUGUCUUGCAGUCCUCUGACACUAGUUUCCAAUUGUUCAAUCAUCUUUUUGUUAAACAUGACUUUGAUACCAAAUGCUAGGUCUUAGUCAGAAUCAAGAAGAGUUAGAAAUGAAUUUGCUUCUAUUUAGGGCUAGAAUUACCACAGAAUAUUGCUAUAAAAAAUGAUAUGCUUUAUUCAUAAUCUAGGGAGCUUAAAUAAAAAAAAUUACAACAGUUUUUCCUAUUAUCCAGGAGCACAGCGGGUAGUAACGGAAAGAUAGUGAUUCUAACGUAAAUAAGGGAUAACAAAAAAUCAGAAAAGAAGACGCUUUUACCGCUUCUUGCGGAGUUGUGGCGUGUUUAAUUUCCCAUGUUUUCCAUGUUGGCGAUGUCGAAAUAUCUGGGAUUCUUCACUGGUGUUCUUAGAGAUCUUCUUAUCCUAUCAUUUAAUUUUCCAUGUUUGAUUUGGUGCUUAUGGUUCGAGGAAUGAAUCAUUUUUUUUUUCUCUUUGUUUCGAGUUAUAGUUCAUUUCUCCCUUAGAUUCAUAAACGGGAAUGAGGUAUGUUUUUUAGUGACUUUAGUAAUGAAUGUCACAUGGACGUGUACAUAUGUUAAAAUGAUUUGCCUACACUAGUACGACGAAUGUAUUACACUUUCUAUCCUAGGCAAUUCAAAAAUCUAUAUCUCAGUUUUAGCUAGUGCCUUCUUUAUGCGAUUGAUCUCACUUUUAAUAAGACUGGUAACGUUAUUAGAUGAAUAGUGAUUUUAUUUUAAUUUUUUUGGAGUGCAUCAAUGUAACCAUUGCAACGGCCUUAUUGGCCAUCCUCCUCCUGUAUUAUCCUCUACUUUAGCCAAAUCAUCUUAUUUAUAGUUUUCAUGAAUGUUUAAUGUAGUUUGGAUGCUGAGACAUAGAUGAUUAGUGCUUAAUUUAUACUCUUAAUGGUUUGAGUCUGCGUAUCUCAUGGAGGUUGAUGCAAAAGUUUUCUUGGUAAUUCUUGAUUUUCAUAAUCUUACAUCCUAUUAUAAACAAUCUAAUUUUUUUGAGGCUGAGGAUACUUCUGAAAAUAGAAGUAUUGUACGCAACUUAGAUCUGUAAGAAAGUGGUAUUAAAGAUCCAUGAAGAACAGAGGGAGUAUUGGAGGUGGAUCUGUCAGUAAUUAUUGAGUGUUUUAAGAGUAUAUAUGAAUAAUGAGUUGCAAAACCCUAUAAAUAUAAGCGUCAGUUGUCAAUAAUUAUUCUAGAGUAUGUAAAAAGUUAUGGAAGGAAAUUUAAAGUCUGCCAACCCAUUUGUGUUUCCAGAGUAUCUUUUGUUGUGGGAAUUAUGAGUGUUGACUGAAGAAUUUUAAUUUGGCUACCACAUUAUUACCAUAUAAUCACUAUUUUAGAUGAUGUGGUGUUUAGGAGUCAAUUUUUGUUACAUUAAACAGAAACACUAACUGGAGGAGUAAAUUGGGUGUAAAAUGUGUACUUCCUUAAUCUUAAAAAUUAGAAGUCAAUAUGAAUUUAAAAUUAACAACAUUUUUUAAAGAUCUGACUGUUAAAUCAGAGGACAUUAUGGCACCUUUAUGUAUUUUUAACUUUUUGUUGUUUUGAUUUAACAUCGCAGAAUUUUGUGAAAGCUCUAUCUGGCAGGAUUAUUAUCUUCAAGGUGGAAAGCUCAGAUACAAUCCACAAUGUGCAAGCCAAGGUACCAGUCAAGGGAACCCACCUGACUAGCAAAGACAUAUUUCUGCAAGUAACCACAAUUUCAAGCUCCCUUGUGCCAUAGGCUUCAUGAGAAGCCUUUUCUGGAUCAGGAAAUCAAAAAUUUUCUUUCAAACCGUUCCUUUUCAUAAACGCCAAGUUCAUCUGUUCAGACCAUAUUCUUCUUCGCUUUCUAAUUUGUUGGUGGGAAAGGACCCAAGUGUCAUCUUCAGUGCCCUUUCUCUCUCUGAGAGUACCAAAUCCCACAUUCUUGGAACCCAAGUCCAUGGGCAUAUUGUCAAGUUAGGAUUGAUAAAAGACAUAUUCUUGCAGAACAAUUUGAUAAAAAUGUACUCUAGAUGUGGGAUUUUAUCUGAUGGGCUUAAGCUGUUUGACGAAAUGCCCCAAAAGAAUCUCGUUUCUUGGACUCUGACAAUCUCAGCCACAUUCCAAAUAGGGGAAUUCGAUUUGGGUCUAGAGAUCUUUUUGGACAUGGUAAGAACUGGUUUUGUGCCAAAUGAGUAUGCUCUUGGUAGUGUUGUGAAGGUGUCAUCUAUACUGGGUGCUAUUGAAUUUGGUCUGUUUCUGCAUUGUAUUGCUUUGAAAAUCUGUAUGGAGAAAAAUCCUUUUGUUGGUUGUUCCAUAUUGGACUUCUAUGGUAAGUUGGGGGAUAUCGAGGCUGCUGAAAAAGUGUUCGACAGUGUGGACAGUCUUGAUGUUGCUUCCUGCAAUGCUAUGGUUGGAGCGUAUGCACAAUGUGGGUAUGGCUUUGAAGCAAUGAAACUUAUUUCAUCAAUGGUACGUAAAGAAGUAACAAUGGAUAAGUAUAGCUUCAUCAAUGCUCUUCAAGGAUGUUUGGUUACAGGUGAUUUAAAUUUUGGAAGACAAAUUCAUGGAUUGAUCAUUUGCAGAGAUGUGGAAAGUUGUUCUGUAAUGAAUGCUCUCAUGGAUAUGUAUAUCAAAUUUGGUGGAAUGGACAUUGCUUUGAAGAUUUUUAGAAGAAUUGCUAACAAAGAUGUUGUGUCUUGGAAUACUUUGUUGGGAGGUUUCUCUCAAUAUCCAGAGGUUGUUGCAUCUUUCUUCCAUGACUUAAUGCUGACAAGUGUGAAUCCCAAUCAUGUGACUUUCUCAAUCUUAUUUAGACAAUGCGGUGAACUUUUUGAUAUCAAUCUUGGGCUUCAGUUUUACUCAGUUGCUUUGCAUCUUGGACAUUUAGAUGAUGCGACUGUCACAAGCUCAUUGAUUGAUAUGUUCUCUAUGUGUAAAGCAAUGGAAAUGGCACAGCUAGUAUUUGAUAGUGCUGUUUUCAAAAACAUAAUUAACUGGAAUGGGUUAAUUUCAGGUUACAAUUUGAAUUGUUGUUACAAUAAGGCCUUACAGACUUUCUGUAAUUUAUGGGAGUUAGGAGUAGGAGCAAAUGAUUUUACCUUCUCCAAUAUUUUGGAAGCAUGCGGGUCCUCGGGCAACCAACAAAUGGUCAGGCAGAUUCAUGGUGCCAUAUUGAAGUCUGGUUUUGCUCAUAAAUAUGCUUGCAGUUCACUAAUUGCAGCAUAUGUUAAAUUGAGAUUACUAGAUGAUUCUUUUGAAUUUUUCACUGGAUCGGAGAGAUUAGGUAUAGUGCCCUGGGGAGCCAUAGUAUCUGCUCUGGUACAUGAAGGUUAUAGUUAUGAAGCUAUCAGAUUCUUCCAUGCUCUUACAGAAGCUGGUGAGGUGCCUGAUGAAUAUAUUUUGGCUAGCAUUUUGAACAGCUGCGCUGAUAUAGGAGUAUAUACACAAACUAAAUCUAUUCAUUCAUUUGUUAUCAAGUUGGGAUUUGAUACACAGGUUUAUGUAAUUAGUGCUCUAAUAGAUGCUCAUGCCAAAUGUGGGGACAUUAAAAAUUCAAGGAUAGUGUUCAAUCAGUCACUUGAGUCCAAUGACACCAUUAUGCAUAACACCAUGAUCAUGGCUUAUGGCCAUCAUGGUCUUGUUUUGGAAGCUAUGGAAAUCUUCAAGAAAAUGAAGUUGGCUAAACUACAGCCCAGCCAUGCUACGUUUGUUUCACUGGUAUCAGCUUGUAGUCAUGCAGGUCUCGUUGAACAAGGUCGUCUUUUGCAUGAAUCAAUGAAGUUGGAAUAUGGAAUAGAACCAAAUCCAGAUAAUUAUGGUUGCUUAGUUGAUCUGCUCUCACGAAGCGGAUUCAUUGAAGAUGCUAAGAGAAUAAUUGAAGAAAUGCCUUUUCCUCCUUGGCCUGCUAUUUGGAGAUCUCUACUUAGUGGUUGCAUGAAGCAUGGUAGUAGAGAGAUGGAGAAAUGGGCUGCCCAAAAGCUGCUUCAGUUGGCUCCGGAGAAUGAUCCGGCACAUGUAUUACUGUCAAAGUUUUAUUUUGGAUCAGGCAAUUGGGAAAAUGCUGCAAUGGUGAGGAGAGGGGUUAUGAAAGACCCUGGAUGUAGUUGGAUUGAGACAACGUAGAAAAAAGAUCCUACUUUCUGAGUAGACUUUAACAAUUCUCUCAGUGGAGCUACUUCGGUAGUUGGUGAUUUCAAUCAGGAAAAGCACUUACAUUGGCAUGAGAAGACUACGGACAGAAAAAGAUUCCCAACUACAUGUUAUGAUCAUCUCAUCUUGCCUUGUGGAGGCACUAACUAAGCAGGUUGUCUCUUUCCUUCUUCUUGGGAGCUUUCUUGGGGUAAGGAGGAAGUAUAUGUGAUGAAACAAAAACCACAAUGUUGUGUACAUCAGCCCUAGCUAGAGAUUUAGUGUUUGAAUAUUAACUCCUACUCUAUUUAUAUCAAGAUAACGUAAGAUGAGUGUGCACUUGAUUUAUGUAAAAUAGCUUAUGAGUGUUAAUAUUUAAGUAGUAGAUUAUAUCCUUUUUCAAAUGAUGUUUAUAUAUCAGUUCAUGCUAGAAAACUGGACCAUACCAGCAUGGUCACUCUGCAACGAAGCAAACUAAAGGAUCAGGAAAAUAGAGAUUGAUAAAAUAGAUCUAGUCGUGAGUUUGUACUGAAAAACUAAAUUGUACAAAUGUAUUCAGUCGGAACCAGAUCAGAAUAAGAAGUUUUUAGUUUUGCCCUCA